AUGAUUGGUGAGGAGGGUGACUUUACAAUCAAUGUGCAACCAACCAUCAAAUAUCUGUCGAUUCCAUUGAACCCUAUCAUCCCAACAACUAAAACUAGUAAUCCAAUCUAUUCAAUCAGUUCUAGGAUCACCAUCACUGACCAAUCACAACAACAAUGGUUACCAACAAAUACAACACAUCUAACUUGUUACCUCAAAGAUCAUCUUCAAAAACCUUUGACAUUUAGAUUAGAUGAAAUAAUCAAUCACACCAAUGUUAGAUAUUUAACACUUAUUGUUAUGAUUGACGAUUAUUCACUCCACAACAAUAACCUCAUUUCUUUCGGUUUUGGUUUCAGAACCAAGCUUGGUCCAUUUAAAUUUGAUUGGAGAUUUGAUUCUUCACGAAUUCGUCAAUAA